AUGAUAAGAAAAGCAAAGGAAUUGUCCCAGAAGUCAUUACACCAUGAGAAUGCGCAUCUCCUUCUCCUUUCGCUUGAUCUUCCGGAUUAUGCUGAGAAGCCCCAUUGUUUGGUCUUAUCAGAUCCAAGGAAUGACCGGGAAAAUGCAAGUUGUCUCACGUUGCGGUGGAGGUCACGCGUCUGUGCUUGGUGGAAGGCUGCUUCGCCAAAGAGGAUAAUGGGAAUUCAAGAACAGGGAAAUGUUUUACUCUGCCAGAAUUACUACACUGCUACACACAUACUAACACUACUAAGGUGUGGACUUUAUGAACGCUAA